UUUUAGUUUAAACCUGAUUUUCCAAUAAGACAAAACGAAUUCAAAUCCCAUUUGCCCCCAAAACACACGCACUGAAAAUUCUGCAGACACCAUUGAAAUCCAGCAAGGAAAGAGUACUCAAUCAAUGUCAAACAAUGGCAACACUCUGUACAACAAUCUCUUCUCGACGCUGAUCUCCGACAUCAAAUCCUACAGCGGGACCGACCCACUCCUCCCGUGGCUCCGUGGGAUAAGGAAGAUGAAGGAGACGCUUCCACCUCAGCUUCUGAAAGAGAAACUGCCUCGGUUUCUUCAGAAAUGCUCCGAGACUUUCCUUACCGACCGCCGUUACUGCAACGAUUUGCGCUACCUUCGCGUUUGGUUGCAAUUGAUGGAUUUUGUGGAUGAUCCGAAAGAAGUUUUGAGGACUAUGGAGAUGAAUAAGAUUGGGAUGAAGAAGUCUUUGUUUUAUCAAGCUUAUGCUCUCUAUUAUGAGAAGACCAAGAAGUUUGAUGCGGCUGAGAAGAUUUAUCAUUUGGGAGUGCAGAAUCUUGCAGAGCCUGCUGACGAGUUGCAAAAGUCGUACGAGCAGUUUCUUCAUCGUAUAAAGCGACAUAAAAUUAAGAGAGUUCAGGUAGGGGAAACAAACAGAGGAUCUUUGAAUCAUGAUAAUCGAAUGGCAGCAAAUUCUAGUAAUAUCGGGUUACUCAACGAUCAACUUCUUAGAAAGGCCGUGGUGACUGAUUCUAAUGGAGUCGAUGUAAAAGUGGAGAAAGAGAAAAACGGAAAAUCUUGCAGUGACGAUACAGUUGUGGUUAAGUUUGUAGAUACCGCCAUUGUUGGGAAAUCCAAAACGGAAGAUGCACGGCAUCACGGUCUUGUGGAGCCCACAAUCAACACUAAAGAGGCCAUGAAUGCCAUCAACAGCAUGUUCCAGCAGCCAUUAGAGCCAUCAAUUGCUCGCAGAACAAGUAAAAAUCAAUCCAAAACUGGUAAACUGAAAAACGAAUGUAAGAUUUUCAUGGAUGAAACCACAGAGACCUCGUCAAAGGAUCUACCAAUAGCUGGUGAUAAUCCGCCUUCGGACGAAGCAUUUGAGAUAUAUGUUGAUGGUGAAGAAACCAACGGUGCUUCUGUGUUUGCUAGACCGAACGAUCAAGAAUGUUUGAAAGAUUCUAACCCUAGGAAAACGAACCAAGGUGGAUUCAGAGAUGAUACAGUUGUGUAUAGAUUUGUGGGAUCGACUAUUUCGGAUGAACCGGAGGUGGAAAAUGUUUGGCACCAUGGCCUAGUGGACCCCACCGUCAAUUUGAAAGAGGCUAUGAAAGAUAUUAACAGCAUGUUCGGAAAGCCAAUUGAGUUUACAAGAAAAAGCAGGGCGAAGAAAUCCGAAAAAGCACCUGUGAGUAACAAUUUCGGAGAUUUUCUGAUACUUCCCGACGAUGAACCAAACAAUGAAAAGGCUGAAGAUGAAAACCCAAUAGAAUUUGCAAAGAAAUGCAGCCCAAAGAAGCGAGACCAAGGGCCGAACGUGAAGAAGAACAAUCACGCUGAAUUUCUGAUUUUUCCAGAUGAUGAAUUAGAAAAUCAACAAGACAGCUCCUUGCCAAGCUCGUCUACCGGAAAAGGGAGUGAUUUGUUCGAACAAACUAUUUGCACAAAAGAGGCAAUGAAUGAAAUCAACAAAUUGUUUGCUAUGCCAAUGGAUUUCUAACAAUCCUAUAACGCUGAUGGUGGCACCUUCGAUGGGCUUGGAUUUGGAGAGGGCCCACGUACCGUAGUUGCCACAGCUCUGGCAGUGCACCACCCC